AUGCCAGACGCGUCGAGCGAGGAGAGACAACUGCGGUCCGUGGAAAUAUCGCUAGACUGGAAGAUCAUCUACAACCUCCGCCACUCCUGCGAGAUGCACGAAACAACCGUUACCCACGUCUCCCAUACAAUUCGGGCACUCGCCUUUUGCACUUCCGCCGCCACAGACAAUAUCUGUCUUGGUUACCUGGCCGCAGCCUCAGCGGCUGCAGUACCCCCCCCCCCCCCAUUACUACUACUCAACGAAGAUAUAAGCACCUUGCAGUACGACCUCACAGUCAAUGUCAUAUCUUCCGCCGCCCACACUGGUGUAACUCCCACAUACUGGAAUUUGACAGUCAUUGACUAUUUCCCUACCGUAUGA